AUGGAAAGAGAAAAGCAAUCGAUUUCAUCAAUAAGUAAAUGGUCAUUGUUCAUGAAGGAUUUAGCAAUUGCUCUCGAUCUAAUCAAUAUUUUAACGAAUAAAAUAAAACCAUACCAAUGGCCUGAACUAGUUUUUGCUGGAUCGAAAGAGAUUCUAGGUGAAAAACUUACAUUAACGAAAGAAAUGGUUGAAACAGCUCAUACUCAUUUUGAUAGAACUGCUGAUAAACAAGUAAUGAAAUUUAUGAAUCAAAAUAUUAAAUUCGACGAGAAUUCAUCAUCACAUGAAUUUAUUAUCAAUUUCAUCGAAACUCUACCAGCUGAAUCAAUUCCUGAUUCGAUCAAGUAUGCUUCAUUUACUUGCUUAUCUAAUAUACCAUCGGUGUAUAUACAAACACGUGUAAAAUUUCUCUAUUUAUUCAAUAUUUUUCUCCAAAGAACUUUGCCAGACAUAGAUUUUAGCGUAACAUCAGGCAUAGGUUUUAUUGUAGAUCGAAUUCGAUCGGUACGACAUUAUAUAUUAUUUGUAAUAAAAUUUGAAAUAUUCAAUACAGCUUUAACUCGAACUGCCGUUAAUUUGGAGUCAUCAGAAGUAAAUAUAAAAUUCGAUAUUGUAAAAGCUAGUGUAGCUGAGCAUCAAGAAGAUACCAUGUUCUAUCAAGCAUAUAAACAAUUAAAAUCUGAUGCAUCUCGAAUAUUUCGACGAAUGGAGGGUGAACAAGUCUGGAAAGCAACCUAUGUUGGCAUGUUUAGUAACGAUCAAGGCGGACCCUAUCGAGAUUCAAUAACACGAAUAUGUACUGAUUUAUGUAGUACACGAUUACCAUUAUUUAUUCUUUGUCCAAAUGGACGAACAAACAAUGGUUUGAAUCGUGAUCGAUGGAUUCCAAAUGUUUUUCCACCGAAUCAAUCCAUACCAAUUGACAUUAAAAAUCAAUAUCGUUUUGUUGGACAACUCAUGGGUAUGGCAAUACGUACGAAACAAUACUUAGAUGUUCGAUUUCCAAUUUUACUCUGGAAACAAUUGAUACAUGAAGAAGUUACAAUUGAAGAUAUUGAAGCUAUUGACAUUUCAAGUUUUGCAAUUAUCAAUGAAAUGGAAGAAAAUAUUCGAAAAGUAAAAAGUCUCAAUGAAUGUGACGAUGACGGUGUGAAUAACAAUUGUGAUUAUUUGUUUAGUAGUAUUAUGACUGAACUUACAUUUGAUGUCGUUAGUUCGACGGGACAAACCUAUGAACUUAUUCCAGGCGGUUUUCAUAUACGAAUAACUGCUGCCAAUUUCGAAGAUUAUUGUAUGCAUUAUCGCCAAUAUCGUAUUAAUGAAUUUUAUCGACAAAUUGAAUUUAUUCGUCAAGGUUUAUAUAGUGUCGUACCAUGGGCUGAUUUGACUGUAUUCACAGCUCAUGAAUUAGAAGAAGUUGUUUGUGGUAAAGGUUAUAUCGAUAUUGAAAUGCUAAAACGUCAUA